UGCCUCUCUAAUAAGAUAACUCUGAUUAGUGCGGCUGGUAGCAGAGGCCGAGCUGCGCACUACUAGCAAAGUAGUCAAGCGCGAAACGGCAAAAGGCUAGGAGAAGAAGCGCCGCCGGAGUCCAUGGAGACGGUCACGCUCCGGCGGUUCGAGCUCGCCGACGCCGACGCCAUGAUGGCGUGGGCGUCGGACCCCGAGGUGACGGCCUUCAUGACGUGGGAGCCGUACGAGUCCGUCGACUCCCUGCGCGCCUUCAUCCGCGACACCGUGCUCCCGCACCCGUGGUUCCGCGCCAUCUGCCUCGCCGGCGACGGCGACGGCGGCGCGGUGUCCGUGACGCCGACGGCCGACCGGUGCCGCGCCGAGGUCGCGGUGGCGGUGGCGCGCGCGCACUGGGGCAAGGGCGUGGCCACGGCGGCGCUGAGGCGCGCCCUCGCCGCGGCGUUCGCCGACCUCGACGGCGUCGAGCGCGUCGAGGCGCUCGUCGACGUCGGCAACGCGGCGUCGCGGCGCGCGCUCGAGAAGGCCGGGUUCCAGCAGGAGGCCGUGCUGCGCAGCUACUGCGUCGUCAAGGGCCAGCUCAGGGACAUGGUCAUCUACAGCUUCAUCUCCACUGAUCCUCUCGUCGAGUGAUCAAUGGCUAAUCAUGUUGCUGUGAGAUUUUUUUUUCUAUGUAUUGUGAAUGUAUGUAUGAUGAAAAUAAGAUUUUGCCAAGAAACCAAAUUCAGAUUACUGCUUGCAAACCA